AUGCUGAAUAAUUACAACAACCCGACGCCGCAGCCAAUCGAGCAGUACGCGGACCAGGCGCAAGGCCAAAACCCUCUGCCGCAAGAGGUGCAGGCCUCGUCGUACACGAGCAUAACGUCCCCCUCGAAUUUCGUGAGCUACAACAGCCCGUCAGCAAACCCGCCACAGACGUUUGUGCACCGGAACUCGUUCUCCAGCAGGUCGAACUCGACAGACGGCUCGAUCAAGAGUCUGCACCAGGGGUCCAUCGGGUCGAUCUCGGGGUUGCCGCAGUCAUCGUUCCUGGCCUCGUCUUCCUCCCACAUCGCACCGGCUGGCCGUCGGUCGCUGCUCACCACCAAGUUGCAGCAGCAGCAGACGCAGUCGUCGCCGUCCGCACAGCAGUUUGCGUCGUACGUGCCGCCGUCGCACAUCAGCUCCUCAUACCACGACAAGUUCGGCUCGGCACCGCUGCACAUGCCCCAGAUGGGGUCCUACUCGGGACCAAUGGCUACACAAUUCGGCUCCUUGGGACAGCAGGGAUUGCCUCCGCACCCAGCCCCUGCCACGGCCACAACCACCAUCUCCAAGGACAUUGCGUUCUCCACUAAUUCCUCCUCCAGCACGUUGUACCAGGACGCCCAGCAGUCCUUCACCACGCCAACGUACGAGUCCCAUAGACCCCACUUUAUCUCUGCAUCGGCUCCGUCCCAAUCGUUCAUCCAGUCCUCCUCGUUUCCCCGGGGCUCUGUGGAGCCGCAGCACAACCAGUUCCAGCCAGCCGUGCCGCACGCGCAGUUUUCCUCCUCGUCGCUGUCCAGACACCCGGAGCCGGUCACGUUGGCCUCGCUGCCGCAAACAGGCCCUCCUGGAGACCACCUGGACAUCGUCAACCACCAGGUCAACGACCUGCUGCUGAUGCUGUCCGCGCUGCUGCAAAAAAUAGUGGAAGCUAACGACUCGCUACAUCCCGACCAUUACAAUAGCCAGGGCCCUCAAGUGCCGCCCACCACGGAACAGAACAAGUACACGGCCAACGUGCUAGCGUUCCACGGCAGAAACAUCCCGGCCAUCUCUCUACAUGCGUAUCUUACGAGAAUCUCAAAGUAUUGUCCAGUGACAAACGAGGUGUUUCUAAGCUUACUGGUGUAUUUUGACCGGAUAGCCAAGCGCGCGAACAACGGCGACUUCAACUCCACGUUCAACUCGUCGCCCAAAGCCGAUCCGGCCGACCCCAACGCGAAGCAGCAGCAAUUGUUCGUGAUGGACAGCUACAAUAUCCACAGACUCAUCAUCUCGGGAAUCACCGUGGCCAGUAAGUUUUUCAGCGACGUUUUCUAUAAAAACUCCAGAUACGCUAAAGUCGGAGGGCUGCCUUUGGAGGAGCUCAACCACCUGGAGUUGCAAUUCCUGCUGCUGCUGGACUUCAAGCUGAUGAUCCAGGUCGAGGAAAUGCACCGCUAUGGCGACCUGCUGAUGAAAUUCUGGAAAAGAGAGCAAUCUAAAGUGGCCCAACUAAGCGAGCACUGA